AUGGAUCUAAAUCGAAGGCAUGAAUAUUGCAAUACAUUUCAUGUCGAAUAUUACGACGAAUAUGGACGUGCAAUUGGAAUUCCGGAAAAGGUACAACCAAUUCCAGGUCAAAAACUACGUGACUGUUUAGAACAUCGUUUACGUCAACGUGGUUUAACACCAUCAACAGUAUUAUUUUUUGUGGAAAAUUCUCGUACACCACUACCAGAUAAUUGUGAUGCUAAUUUCCUUAGUGGUCAACGAAUCGUUACACGAGGUAUUUUCAGACAAAAUUUAUUUUGA